ACGGCUGUCAUUGUAGCUAUUAAAGAUUUCGCCGCCUUAUUUCACCACCCAAAGUUGUGAAAAAAUAGAUUGGGUUUUAAUUUGGGAAACUUGAAUUGAGGAACUAUUUAAAAUAGUAUAUUGUUUAGGAAUAUUACGUGUAUCUAACUCCGAUGUACUCAAUAUUAUUCGAAGACCAACGUGGUUGAAACUUUUAGCUUCCGCAAGUCAUUUAUUACUCGUGUUGUAAAAGGGAAGUGAGUAUAGAACGAAGAAUUGUGUAAUAACGGUUAGCAGCAAUGGCGCACAAGCUGAUGCAAUCAGCGAAGGCUUUGGAACGCUGCCUUCGACGCAGUUACGUUACUAAUAACCUUAAUGUGAUUGGUUCAAGUCGUAAUGUUGUUGGAACACCUGCGUUUAUGGAAAUGCCAGUAAUACAGUUCCUGUUGGAACAAGUGCAAUACUUUUGCAAAAAACCGCCAAAAGGGUUUGAGAAGUAUUUUGAAGAAGGGAAAACAGCGGAAAAGAAAACGCCUGAUGCCGAUGCAUCUAAAAGUAAAACUCCAAGUAGCAAAGAUGGUAGCAGCAGUAGCUCUUCAACCAAUAAAAGUGAUUGGAGUUUUGGUAUGUUUACUAAUAGCUCAAAAGGAUCACAAGGAAAUCGCGGAGCGGGUGGUGGAGGUGGUCGGCCUAUUGGAGAAGGUAGCGGGGGCGACCGUGAAAAGUGGAUAGUUUUUGGUGCAGUCAGUGCUGUUGCACUUUUGGCAUCAUUUGCAUUUUUCGAAAUGGGGUACAAAGAGAUCUCCUGGAAGGAAUUCGUUAACAACUACCUAAAUAAAGGUUUAGUCGAAAAAUUGGAAGUGGUCAACAAAAAAUGGGUGCGUGUUCGGUUGUUGCCUGGCAAUUCGCAAGACUCUAGUGGAGUGUUAUGGUUUAAUAUUGGCAGUGUAGACUCAUUUGAGCGUAAUUUAGAAAGUGCUCAAACGGAUCUCGGCAUUGAAGCACUUAACUUCGUGCCAGUUAUAUAUCGUACCGAAGUUGAGGCCUCAGCGUUGACGGGUCUGUUACCAACACUCCUGAUAAUUGGAUUUUUAGUUUAUAUGAUGCGUCGAUCAGCUGAUAUGAUGGGCGGUGGUCGUGGACGAAAGGGUGGUGGACUAUUUGGUGGCGUAAUGCAGUCUACUGCGAAACUCAUAAAUUCAAAUGAGAUCGGCGUACGAUUCAAAGAUGUUGCAGGUUGUGAGGAAGCCAAAAUAGAAAUCAUGGAAUUUGUGAACUUCCUAAAGAAUCCUCAACAAUAUAUUGAUCUUGGUGCUAAGAUACCAAAAGGCGCUAUGUUGACUGGUCCACCUGGUACAGGAAAAACGUUGUUGGCGAAGGCAACAGCCGGUGAAGCGAAUGUACCUUUCAUUAGCGUAUCUGGAUCAGAGUUCUUAGAGAUGUUCGUUGGUGUUGGCCCAUCGCGUGUUCGUGAUAUGUUUGCGAUGGCCAGAAAACAUGCGCCCUGUAUUCUGUUUAUCGACGAAAUUGAUGCCGUUGGCCGAAAACGAGGGGGUAAAUCUUUUGGAGGACAUUCCGAACAAGAAAAUACAUUAAAUCAACUACUGGUCGAAAUGGACGGCUUCAAUACGACUACAAAUGUAGUUGUGUUAGCAGCAACGAAUCGUGUGGAUAUAUUAGACAAGGCAUUAAUGCGCCCAGGCCGGUUCGAUCGUCAAAUUUUCGUACCAGCACCUGACAUAAAAGGCCGAGCAAGUAUUUUUAAGGUACAUUUGGGUCCGUUAAAAACGAAUUUGGACAAACAAGAUCUGGCACGAAAAAUGGCAGCGCUCACACCUGGCUUCACCGGCGCGGACAUUGCAAACGUUUGCAAUGAAGCUGCACUUAUAGCCGCGCGUGACUCGCUUGAUUCCAUUGCGAUGAAAAACUUUGAACAGGCCAUAGAGCGCGUGAUAGCUGGAAUGGAGAAAAAGACUAAUGUGUUGGCUCCAGAGGAGAAGAAAACGGUGGCACAUCAUGAAGCUGGUCAUGCGGUAGCUGGUUGGUUCUUGGAAUAUGCUGACCCGUUACUUAAAGUUUCAAUUAUACCACGUGGUAAAGGUCUUGGAUAUGCACAAUACUUGCCCAAAGAUCAGUACUUACUCUCGAAGGAGCAACUGUUUGAUCGAAUGUGCAUGACCCUGGGUGGGCGUGUUGCAGAGGAGCUUUUCUUUAACCGUAUCACGACGGGCGCGCAGGACGAUUUGAAAAAAAUAACGGACAGUGCUUAUGCACAAAUUGUGCGAUUUGGUAUGAACGAGAAAGUAGGUCAGGUGAGCUUUGAUGCGGGCCAGCAAGGUGAUCCGAUGUUUACUAAACCCUACUCGGAAGAAACCGCUCAAUUGAUCGAUCAGGAAGUUCGCGUUCUCAUACAAAAAGCUCAUGAGCGCACCACGGAGUUGCUGACAAAACAUAAAGAAGAUGUGCGACGAGUAGCCGAGCGUUUAUUAAAGAAUGAAAUUUUAAGUCGUGAUGAUAUGAUCGAACUACUAGGACCGCGGCCGUUCCAAGAAAAGUCCACAUAUGAAGAGUUCGUUGAAGGUACCGGUUCAUUCGAAGAGGACACGUCUCUGCCUAAGGGAUUACAAAAUUGGAAUAAGGAAAAAGAUGAGAGUAAGGAAACGCACCCACCGAAGCCUGUCCCCACGCCAUAAACAUAGCGCAUAUCUGUUUUGGUUGGGCGGUCUUAAGUCAUUACCGGCCUUAGUACUAGUUCAUUUUGUUUUCUUGUUAAGUUUUCCAGUCUGUGUGCUGCAUUGAAAUAUCAAGAGCGAAGUCAAAUAUGUAAAAAAAUGAAGCAAUAGGGUCUUCAAUAAAAGGAUUGAAAAAAAUAAAAAAUCUUAACGUUAUUAAAAAUUCUA